GCACAUUUUCUUCACCCCACAUGAUGCCUGCACCUGUAGGCUCUCGGGGGAGAGAAAGUAGAAUUUACGGUCUGGGAGGACCAACGGCAUUCAGAGGCAGAGGGCAAAUGGGAGACUUCAGGACACCUAGACCUGGAGUAUAUCAGGACCAGAUGACUAUUAGGGGAGUAAAGAGGGAGAUAAACGCACCCUACAGACCAAAUACAUUUAACAAGAAACAAAAACUGACUAAACCUUUUGUACCAUUUAUAAAGAAACCAGGGAAUAGUGAUAGCGCAAACAAAGAGGAGAAAAGAAAACUUGAGACUAAACUUGAAGCCAAAAGAGAGAAGCAAAGACGCAGACGGGAGAAGUAUAAUUCUAAAUGUGGUGGACAAAGGGUAGUAUACGCUUGCUCCUUCUGUAAAUUCCUGACAUCUGAUGAGAAGGAAAUGGAAGACCACCUCGAAGGCUCUUAUCACCAGGAAACGCUGGAAAAUAUUCGCAAGGAUGCCAAUUUAGAUGAAGUAGUCAUUCGUUUCUUACAUGAAUCUAUUGUACAUAAGUUUAAGAGGAAUUUAAAACACAAACUACGGUGGCUCGCUACAGACCCACAGCAAACUUCAGUGCAAACACAAAAGCACGUAAUGGAAGCUGUAACGGAAGACGACUACAUGAGGAGAGCUACCAUGGUUCACUGCAUUGCAUGUGAUGCCUACAUUCCUGCUACCAAGCUCUCUGCACAGGAACAUUUGAAAUCCACCAUGCAUCUGACAAAGAAAGUGGAGUAUAAGGAGCAAUUGAAAAGGGAGCGUGUUUUAGUGGCUACCAGCUUGCUGAACAAUCCAACAGUAAAAGAACGUUAUCAAAGGUUUGUUAAGGGCGAGAAUCCUUUUGAAAUCACAGAAGAUGGAGCACAGAGUAAUGAUGCUGAACUAAAUCACCCGACUGAUGACCAGGCUUCUGCUGAAACUGUAACUGAGAUUAAUUGAACAUAAUGAACACCUUGACGAGAAGCAAACCUUGGUCUUUUAAAUGCUUUGAAAAAGCCAACUCUUCACUGUAAAUAUAAUAAUACAGACACAGCAGCAGAAAUCUGCUUUUUUCCCCCCAGUGUACUUACUGUCUAUCUUCUAGUCUGUUCCGCCACACACAGAUAAGGAUUUUACUUUGUAGUUAACCAUCAGUUGCAAAACUACUCGUACUUAAACAGAAUCUCCUGCUACUAUGCUUAUUGUUACUGUUUUAUCUAACUGGUUUUGUACCUGUAUUGUUAACACCAUUCUCUCAUUGUGAACAGAACACAUUUUGUAAUGAUAUUUUGCUAUUUUAAACGGGAGCAUUGCAUGGUUAUGUCAUACAUUUGAAUUUUUUUAUUUCAGUUCUGUAAAAAUUAAAAUGUUCAGCUUCAUUAGAAACAUUGUCUUUUUAUAUGAAUAACUCUGGACAAUAAAAAAACAUAAGU